CCUGUGUGUCAGUGUUCUGGUGUUCAUUCCCAGAGAACAUGAUAUGCUGAGUGCCAGAUGCCAAGGCAGAGGCAGCGACUUGCUCUGCUCCUGGUGGAAAACAUCCUGAAGCAGAGGGGAGGCAAAGUCCCCCUUUUCCCAACACUGUUCCAAACUUGAAAUUUGCAAGUUCCCUGCCUUGACAGCAAUCACCAUGGAUAGUGUGUUCUUAACAGAGGACAAAGCCAACUCUGUCUUAAAAAGAUACCCAAGAGCCAACACGUUUCUGGAAGAAAUAAAGCAAGGUGACAUAGAACAUGAAUGCAGAGAAGAAAUCUGUAGCUAUGAAGAAGCAAGAGAAGCAUUUGAAAAUGAGGAAAAAACGAAGGAGUUCUGGAAAAUCUACAAAAACGGACUCCAGGGAGAAAGUAACACAGGACAUAGCUGGUAUUCAUUUUACCUUGCAUUUCCAUUAAUCAUUGGCCUUUUUAUUAUCCUCAUUGUCAUUUUUGUCAUCUGGAGAUGCCUGUUUAAAAAGAAAAUGCGUAGGCAGUCGGUGUACGUGCACAGGGGAGCCCACGGAGCGCUGGGCGAUGGUGCUGAUGGCAGAGGGCCCCUCCCGCCGCCUCUCAGCAUUGUUCAUUCCCCACAGGAGGAAAUGUAUGAAGUCAGUGGGCUCUCUCCAGGAGGUCUGAGCUAUUCGGAUGCACGGUCAGACUCAAUCUCCACAAGGCUCUCAAACUGUGAUCCUCCUCCUUCCUAUGAGGAAGCCACUGGGGAAAUCACUGUGAGAAGAAGCGAAACUGAACAACAUUUAGAUCCACCCCCACAAUACGAAGACAUUGUGAAUUCCAGUUCAGCCAGUGCCAUCGCACUAACCCCCAUUGUCACCAGUACAAAGUAAAACAGUAAGAAUGCCAUGGACCUUUUAAAAAUCGUUAAUCAUUUUGUAGCACUUUAUCUUGGCUUAUUAUGCAUUUCUGUAAUUUAACGGACUUGUAUACAAUGAAUUUCACCUUUUUUAGGUUCGCUCAUUCUUUGGGUUUGGGGUUUUUUUUUCCCCUAUUGAAUGUCUUAAAAGAUAAGGAAUCUUUAUUAAGAGUGUAGUGCAGAUACAGAUGUGGUGCUCUGUUAUACUUCCCAAAAGUACCUCUGUUUUGAAGGAUGUCACUUGUUUUAUUCCAAACACUGUCCACAUUCCCUACAAGAUUUGUGGGAUCCCCCUCCCCUUUCUUACUGCAAACUGUCAGAAUUCCCUGCAAUAGGGAAUCCUUAAGCAACAUUUUAAUAGUUAUUUACACUAGAGAGGACUGAUUUUGCAGUAUUUCCUCUUGUCUGGUUGGUUCCUUUUUCUCACUUGGGUUUUUGUUACAUGCUGCACCCUCUCCUGGCCCUCAGGAGGCUGGGAGCCUUUGUGUUCAAACCAGGAUCUCAUGUAGAGAAUGCUGGUGUAAGAGCAAUAAUUCCAGAGUCCUAGCAGGAGAGAUGUAUUCUAAAGCUUACGCUAUUACAGCUCAAAAUUCUCUAAAUCCUUAGAAGCUGACAAUUCAAGACACUAAUUGGUGAAUUUAAUGGUGUAAGUUUAUGUCUGUGUUCUGCCUUUUCUGUUUUCCUAUCAGGUUUGAAUUUUGUAUUUUAGGGGUGAGAAGUGUGCAUAUGUUAACUUCAGAACUUGAAAGUUCGUGCAACAGUAAUAGUGAAGUACUUGAGAGUAGAUAAAAUCCUGAUCAUGGACUUCCUGUGAUUUUCACUGGGACCAGGAUGUAAUCUAUAAGCACAUACACCCAAAGGCAUUAAUUUCCUUUUUAAAGGGGGAAAAAGGAAAGAAAUUCAGUGUCUGUGAUUUCCUUUUUUUCCCCAGCUAUGAACACCUUCCUCAAGGUUUUGCCAGCUAUAAAUCCCUUCCUCAAGUUCUGAUACUCUCUUGCCUAUUGACUGUACCUUGUGUGCACCUUGUACUGGUGCCUGUGGAAAUUCUUUGCAUAGAAUACAAAUAUCCUUUUUCAAAAGCAAAUAAAUUUAUUGCUUAUCCAUUCCAACAAGGAAUUCUAAGAACACGCGGGCAUAACCCCAAGCAUUAGUGUGGAGUAACUUUUUGAGGCUGAAGAGAUGGAUGAAAGUUACAUAGAGGCUUGUACAGAAUUUUAUCCACUUGGUUUACAUGGUACAAAUUCUAGUGUGGUGAUUAUUCUUUCACAGGUUGAUUUAAAAGUUAAUUGCUCGCUUUAAUUUCUGAGUAUUAAGUUUGCUUUCUUUCUUCCCACACCAAGUAGCGUGGCAUUAGCUUAGUACUGUUCUGUGUUCUACUAAUCAAUUAACACCAAUUGAAAUGUGUUGAGCCCUGAAGAACUGAAUUAUGUUGGCUUUCUUACAACAGAAACCCAAACUGUCUUGUUUCAAACACCCCAAAUGAAAUGCCAGUGCCAUCUGUUUGAAAUUGCUCUUAAUGUCCUUCUCAUGGGGGCUUGGCCUAACUGUUCCAAGGGAUUUUUAUGGAAGGAGACUACAAGGAAAUGGAUGGUUAUAGAUGGGUGUGUAAGUGCACACUUCAAUAAGAAUAUGAUUUAACAUAUUGACAAGCAGUGUCAGGAGUUCUCAUUUUUGGCAAAGAGCAGGUUGCCUUUGUUGCCUGCUGGGGAUCUUCAGCUGCUUAGGCAAGUUGUAUUAGAGAUGAACUCCUGGCCAAACUCCUGACUCCACUGCCAAACUGUAACUUGUAUUAAUAUAUAAUAGAUAUAUAAGAUAAGCACAGUAUGUUUUGGACACUUGUAGUAAAAACUGCCUGGGUUUUGUUUGUGUACUGUCAGACCUUUUCUUUUGAAGUGGUUUUAGCUCUUGUGAAUCCUGAAUUGCCACCUGUGGAAAUUAAAGCUCCUUUCAUACCAAGCAAGAGUUAAUAAAUACACUGCUUUAGGCGGAUUCACCAGAACAAAGUGCCUCAUCCCAGCGUGCAGGAACCACCUCAGAAAGAGCUGGUACUUCAGUGUCUGUGCCAUAUUGGCACCUCCUGUGCCUACCAGCACAGAUAGUAAUUUUAGCAGUAACUUCCUUGUCAGGAUAUAGGACUUCCCUGUAGGAAAUGCAUGGAGAUCACCCAUGUCACAUUAGGUUGUGAAGCAGCUGUCAUCAUCCCUUGAAUGUGGGCAGUCUGCUUUAGUAGUUCAGAGAUGAGCUGGCUUUCCCCUUUUUUCUGUGUUUUCUUUACUCUGUAUUCUACUACCACUUUUAAAGGGUUUGUUUCUGGCUCCUAAGUUGAGUAUGUUGCUUUAUCCUGUUACUGUGUCCUGUAGAUACUUUUACGUGCAAUCCGAAAUUGAUGUUUGCCAUUCCAAAAAAAGUCACAACCAAAAGCUGAGUGAUCAUGAGUUGAAUUAAUUGGACAAUGCCUUUUCCAUGAGUACAGGAGUAUGAAAGCCAUUGUGGGCAAUAAAUUUAUGUCUUGGUGAAUAAAUUUAACAUUUAAAUGAAACCAGUGUGGGACAGUUGUGCAAAUACAUUUCCUCUAAAAUAAGAAUAGUUUUCUCCAUGUUGGAAUAAUGUCAACUUACAAAUUGUUUGUUCUGUUUUGUGAAAUGUGGGAAAAUAGCUUAGUCUUGUGGUUGGCUUUUCUAACCUGAUUGAAAAAUAAAAUUUUAUUUGUACUGGGGUUUUUUACAGCUUUUUUUUUCUUGUUGUUUUAUCUAUCCUGUAAUUGCGUUGUCAUGCAAUAAAUAUAAAUUCAUAGUUGUACCUCUCUAAGGUUUUGCAACUCUGAAUGCAGUGCUGUCUUGACUGAUGACAUGAAUAGUCAGGAAACUGCCUUUCCCACUUCUGAAUGUAACAUUGAAUUUCAUCUUGUAUUGGGAUUGAAAUUAUUUAGCUACUAAAAUGAACUUAAAGGUGGCACUGUUUUAAGAAGUUAUGGAAAUUAAUGAUUUGCUUAGAUGAUAUUAACAUAGUGAAGGUUGUUCUCUCUUCACUGUAUGUAAAUAACUUCUGAUUACAGUAUUGUAUAUUUUAAAGGGGUUUGGUUUACAUUAAAUUAUCCUAUUUAAACAUUUUUGCCUAUGUUUAUAGAACAUUUUUGUAACACUUGUUUUUCAAUAUGCUAAAUAAAAAUUUUUAAGAUACCUCUAAUAUUUCAAAAUACCAAUUCUACACAACUGCAGUGAGUAUUAACUUUGUGUAUUUAAGUGAUCUUUUAAUUUUCAUUGUUCUUUGGACUUAAUCAGUUUUAUGAACGAUUGUUUUGAUGAUAUAAAAUACAGAUAUUUUGUUAGUGGGUAAGCAAGUCUUUUAAAAUUCAGGCUCAAUUUUUAUCAGAGUUAUGAAUUUGUAUUGUUUCCUAUUUAAAAAAAAAAGCCUUUAACACUGAAAUGAGCUCAUUUGCUCAGUCUGGUGUUCCUAACACCAAGGUUGUGGGCUCAAUCCCUGUAUGGCCUGUUCACUUAAGAGCUGGACUUGACAAUCCUUCUUGGUCCCUUCUACUCAGAAUAUUCUGUGAUUCAUUGUAGCCAUAGCUAAGUAAGUCACAGGCUGAGGGAAGGGAAACUAGCAAAAAAUGUUGAAGUUGGAGGACUAAAUUUCAAAGUUCCCCUCAGCCACUCAGAAGUGAUUACCAAAUUUCAUGUCAGCUCUAGGGACAAUGAAUUAACGGAGAACAAAACCAAGCCCAGCCUUGUGUAUUGAUCCCAGCUGGAAACUGAAGGUCUCCAUUCCAGGCAGCACAAAGUGGGUGUCAUCCCUUCCCUCUCUGGUAACCAGGAUAAAAGUAUCCCUGGGAUUGCUCACCAGGGCAGGGCCUGUGGGAGAGGCUGGAGAAGCCCAGAAUGAGGUUUGUGCCUCAGAGCAGUGAACUCAAGUGCAGUUUUGUGCUGCUCAUAACAAAAGGGCAAAGAAAGGUACUUGAAGCAGCAAAGGGCAGUGACUUUCCAAGCUGUCAGUGCACAGUGCAGCCCCGUGCUCCCCUUGGGAAGCUUUCAUUUGUGUAUCCCAGGCCAGCACCAUCCAAACAGGAUGCUCUGCCCUGGGUUAGCUGGAGCUUGCUGUGCACACAGAUGCUUGUGUCGUGCCACACAUCCAUCAGCAGGGGCUGGCAUGUGCACAUGGUUUAGUGCAUGGCUUUGCCUGCAGGCCUGGCUCCCAGCUAUGGGAAUGUGGGGGAUGCGAUGCUGAACUGGUGUCGUGAAUCUCAGUGUCUGUAAAAAUCAGAUCAUUGUGCAGGUUACCAGUGAUGAAUGUUCAUUAUUUAUUGUUCCUCGUGCCCAGAGCUCUGUGCUGGGCUGCUCUAAAUCACACUCAUAGAUUUCUUUUUAUUUUCUGCAUAAUGUGAGCUUUGUAAAUGUCUCCUAGUGCCACUUGCUGAUUUUUAAAAAGAAGGAAAACCAUGUUCAGCUGAAAGCACUGAGGUGACAUCUGUACUUUUUCAUUGCUUGCUGUGCACACAUUUGAUUGAUUUGCUACAGGGUAAUUGAACUUUGAGUUUUGCCAGAAAGUUGAAGUGCACUUUACUUCUGUGGGGGUAUCUCAGUAAUUGUAUUUUUCACUUGGCAGUGAGUUAUUGAAUGCUAAGUAACAAGUCAGUGCAAGAAAGAUCUUGCUUAUACUCUUGACCAUAUCUGUCUAUCUAUAGAUAGAUAUAGAUAUCUCCAGCACAUGUAUUAUACAGCAUAUUAUACAGGACUUGAUUCCCAUUUAGAUCUCUGCAAAUGUUUGCUGUAAUAUUAGAGCUGUGUCCUCUCUGCCUGUCCUCUCUCCGUGUAUCAUGCAAUAAAGACACACUGACUGCUGUGCUGUUUUCCCCUUUAGAAACAAAGCCCAAGAAUCAAAACGACAAUUUUCAGUGUGCCCUGCUGUUUCCUUCUCCACUUGGAAGCACUGUACAUAACUGUGUGGCUCCCAGGGUUAGCUGAGGAGCUUAAAGCAAGAAGGGAACAAGUAUUUAAAAAAUUCAUUUUGAUAAUGCCAGCAAUGAAAUCUCUGCAUAAGGAAUAAUCUGUACCAGGCUGUUUCCCUGGCCUUUCCUAUGGUGUGGGAUGUUUUUUCCCACACAACAGACCUUGGAUCAAUUCCAUGGGUCAGAGGCUCCCAAUUUGAUUUUUCUGUAUUUUCUCACUCAGCUCUUGCCGCUGGCAGUGGCACAGCAGCCACUCUUGGCUGUGCCCAGGGACUCAAGUUGUUUGGUGACACACAGCUGUACAUUGGUGUCUCUGGGACCCAGGCUUCUCUGCUUUCCUCCUCUGACCUUGCUGGUGUGCUCACACCCAGGCCAGGCAGUGUUUCAGUGCUGGACAAAGAGCUGAGGGGAUGAACUGGUCUGGGACCAGAGGCUGGUGUCAGCCUGCUGUGACACACAGUGAGGCACAGUCUGGUAUCACCUCUGGCCUUUUCACUACCAGUCUGAAUACAGCUACCUCAUGUGGGUUGUUCACAAGAUUAAAACCACUGCGGGCAGCACUUCUUGCCAGGACCUAAUACGAAAAAUGGUCUUGUCAAAGGAAAGCAAGGGCAGUGGGACCAGAUCAAACAUUUUCCCCAGCUAGUACCCCUAAACUCUCUUGGCACAAGUAAUGUUAUUUCCAUUUACUAUUAGAAUUACUAUUUUAUUUUUUUCCUUAUGCUUUUGUUGUGUCUGCUUUUCUGUUCACGAUUGUAUUCUAACCAUAGGUGUUUCCUUACGGGUGGGUGAAGGUAGAAUAUACAUGUAAUCAUGAAAAGCUACAUGUUUCUUUUUUUUUUCUGUUUCUGGGUGAGUUGGGUUUUCUCCUCUUAGCUUGCUGGUUUUUUCAUUUCGUUUAAUAAAAGUGCUGAAUAAUGACACCUCCUUUUUCUGCUCUCCCUAAAAUCACAUGCUCCUUUAGCAAAGGGCUCCUUUAGCAAAUAUAACAGUUUAUAUUUUUAUUGUGCAGAUUCCCUAGAAGAAAUGUAGCUUUGAAAAUAAUUUUUAAUAUUAUUUUCUCUUCAGUCAUUUUUUUCUAACUUUUGAAGUGUUACUUGUAGCUUAAUUUCCCUGUUCUUGCCUAAUUGUGCUUCAACCCUCAUUACCUUGCAGCGUUUCCACACAGGCAGCUUGGCUCCAUGAAAACACUACCAUCUUCUCUACUGGCAGGAAUGUUUAAAAAAGGAGGUUUUUGCUCUGCAAAUUGCUUUCAGAUUUCAGCAUUUACUGUUCUGCAUAACCUAGCACUGACUUCCUGAAACUGGUUCACAAAAUCCUGAUCCCAGUGCCAAGCUGUCAGCACACCCCUAGCCCCUGAGGAAGGCUUGCUCUCAACCCUGACCUUCACCCACAGCCCUGGAGCAAGGAUUUGAACUUGUGUUGCCUCCAUUGCAGGGCAUUAGGCAGCUUUGAAUAUUAGACUAAGCUUGCAGUCUUUAUCUUCCUCAAACUUCAAAAUCCUUUGAAAUUCUCUAUAUUAUAUGCCGAUCUCUAGGUCUUACCUACUUAACAUUGACUUAAUUUACUUACUACUAAAUUCUUAGGGAUUCUUGCAAAUUAGACCAGUAUAUUUCUGUUAUGGGAUAUCAUAGGGUGUGGGUUUGAGCUGCUCUCUUGGGUUUUUUUGUAUGCUGGUAACACCAACCUUGGUAUUACACUUUAUGGAUCACAAAUUUCAUCUGGAACCUGAGAAAUCUUCACCAGUCUAGGUUUUGUUGCUUGUUUUUGUCAAAACUGACAGGGUCCCAUAAGCAAUUUUAGCUUCACUGAAUUAUUCUUCAGUAUAGAAGUGUUUAUUAAAAAAAUUCCUGAGUAGCAGCAGUUGAUGGUUUUAUGAUUGACCACGGUGAUGUCUCCUAGCAACAUGACUGAAAAAAGAUCAUCCUAUGUUGCUCAUUUGUCCAGAGAUUUCCAAAUUGCUGUGUUUAUCUUGAUGAGGCUAAUUCAUCUCACUUCACCAGUACUCUCUGGACCACAUUUUGUGUCAAUUUUGUGUUGGAAAGUGUUCUCCAAAGUCACACCAAAGGUGUAAAGCCUUUUCCCAGAGUCCUGUUUUGGGAUGUGCAAAAUCCCCUCCAAGCAGCUGAGUAGUGCUACCCCACAUCCCCAAAGCAUUCACUUCCCUUGGCCUGCCCUUUCCCUGCAGCUCUUGUGUGCCAGGGCUUGCAAAGGUUGGAGGCCUGUGGAGUUCACUUCAUUGUCUGACACAGGAUUUCAGAGCCAGGUACCCUGUGGUACCAUCUGGCACCUCCUCUGUGCUCAUGGUGAUGACAAACGAGUAACUUGCUCAUAGUCAACAUCAUUUUGAUAACCCUUUCUUUUAAAGAGAUUGCUGUUAUUAAUAGUGAACAAGUGCUCCUCUUCCACGAGAUGUCAUAGAGGCUACCCUGCAGUCCCCCACCUCCUCAUGGCAGUUCCCUCUGCUUUCCCAGAACCUCCUCUGGCUGGGGGGACACUGUGUCCCCACCACAGCUGCUGUGUUGGCCUGAGGCUGGUUAGCAGGAGGUGAUGGAGGCAUUGCUGGGUGGGAGGUGGCAGAGGUGCUGCCUUUCCCCAUUCCUGGAGGUGCCCAGCGCUGCAGAGAUGUGGAGCACAGGCUCUGUGUGCCCUGUGACACUGAGCAGCCACGCUGCCUGGCUGCUGGCUGCGUGUGACCAUCAGUAAUUAAUGUCUCUGAGGAGCAGGCACUGUCCCUGUUUACAGCCCUUUUAGCUUCAGGAUCAGCGUGUAGCACCGUGCUCCACGUGGCCAAAGCUGCUGUGGGAAGAGCUGCCCACUCCACGUGGGACACCACAGGGCUCCCAUGGCCUGAGGUGCCUGUUCUGCUUUACAAACCCCUGAGCUGUCAUGGAGCUCUCACUGGGGACAUCCCUUCUCUCCAUGUGGGUAUCCCAGCAGCAUCUUAGCUGGAUUUGUGCUGCAGAGGAGGCUGGGUGAGCAUCACAAGUUUUCCAGCUCCUGCCCCUGUCUCUCUUACUUGCAUAGCCUUAAUUUUAAUUUCCUUGCAGCAAGUUCUUUGCAUGUAUUUUACAUGGCUUUGAAGGCAGCUUAAACAAAUCCUAUGAAGGUACCUUGGGAGUUUUCCCAUCAUCACUGUCCAGUGCCCGAUAGAAAUUGUGUUCUUCACUUUGUUAUUUAAACUGCUGGUAGGUGAGUUAAUUAAUUUUAAUAGAAUUCUACAGGGUGAGUUUUGCAAAUCUAAUUAUUUGAGGGGCACUUAGAAAUGUUAAAAGGUCUCUUUUAAGGACAAAUCUGAAGAAAGUGGUGCAAUUAAAUAAUAGUCUAGUAUUUUUCGUAAAAAAAAAAGAAAAAGAAAAGGAAGAAGCCAGUUCAACUGAAGUAACUACUUUUUUAGUAGUAAUUGUUUAAAAGUCCUCCAAAGCCCUUGGCUUUGCUCAUGUACACAUCUCUGAUACUUUUAUAGGUUUGUUUUCUACAUUUGGAUCAAGUUAAAUGUGCUUCUCUGUUUUGUCUUUCUCUGCCUGCCUUGGUGCUGUAGUAGGUAUCAAGACACACAGCAAAUCCUCAGCAGGGAGAUCAGAAUGGGGAUAUUGAACCAGUCACACAGAACCAGCCACCCUGCAGAGCAAGCAGAGAUACAGGUCUGCUAAACUGGAUCGGCCAGUGCAGGCACUGGGGGAAUCUGUGUGAAAGAGCCAGCUACCAGAGAGGGUUAAUCAGAGAGGCUUGGUGUGCAGAGAGUCGUGCAGGAAUGCUGAGGUUAUCCCAGCAACCUUGCAGUGACUGUCUCACCUGAUAGGUGUUUUCAUUCCUUAGGAUCUUUUUAAGUCACCUCUCUGCUCCCUUGAUGGUGUGAAUAAGGUUAUCUCUACAGGCCAUGCAGAUAAAGUGUCCCCUAGAGCCAAGAGAUUUGCGGUAUUUUUCUUGUCAUUUCCCUUUUAAGCCUCUGUCAGUAACAAUUGAGUUUGGCCUGCUCUAUUCACAUUAAGAAAUCAAGAGAGUGGAUUUCUAUGAAUGUUUCUGUAUUCGUGUAUCAUCUCCACCCUCUCUGGGUAUGAGAAUCCCUCAGAGGUGAGAGUAGCAAACUCCUGUAGCUGUGUCUGGCUGUAAAUCAUUACAUGUGUUGAGUAGCUAACUCUUGUGCUUGAAAAGCUCUGAUGAAGGACUGUAAGGAGUUAAAUCCUGCUGUAUUUCAGGUUUUCUCCCUUUAGUCACGUUCCUCUUGAACUGAACACUCUUCAGAAUAUCUCUUCACAGAUUAGACUCUUUUUUUAUUCACACCAGUGCCAAGAUAAAUUUGUAACAGAAGUUUUCUUUCACUUGUGUAUAACCCUGAGAAAGAUUCUUUCAGCCAGUAGUUUGACCAGCCUUACAGAGAAAAGAAUUGAGCAAUUUUGUCUAAUCUCAUCAUGUUGAAAAAGAAGUACUAAAAACCAAAAAGAUUUAAAAUGCAGUGGUUGUGCACAAGUCCAUUCUCAUUACAUUUUUCCAAGUAACCAUUUCAAGGUUUUAUCUGUUGUUAAGCUUUGAUUCUAUCGCUAAGAAACCUGUAUGAGACAAAUAAUGAAAUAUUGAUUUACCAACUUGAAACUUUUUCAGCUGCCAUUUUAUUCAGUGCAUCCAUUGGCAGCACAGCAGAAUGGAGGUUUUAUUGCAGACUGAAUGAACCCAUUGGUUUGAGCAUGACGCGGUGAAAUUGUAACAUAGCAAUAAAAUCUCAGGGCACAUUUGUGCCAUCUGUUUCGUAGUGGAAAAGCAAAGAACAUUUUAGUGAAGGCCUCAAAGAAUAAAUCUGGACUUAGAAAAGAAAAAUAAUUGGAGCUUGUAGUGUUAGGAGCAGCCUAAGAUGUUGCACGGCCUCCUUCCCGGUGCUGUUGCUCAGCUGCGAAGCUCCCCCAGGUGUUCCUUGGUUUAGGCAUCCUUAGCUGUUAUAGUCUGCUGGGUUAAGGGCUCAGAAAAGCAUCUCUAAGUCAUAGAACACUGAUUCAACAGAUGUUUGCCUCCUCCUAUCUCAUCUACUGCUUUAUCAGCUUUCCAUUUUUGGAGUGGGCAGACAUGAAAGCAGUCAGGUUGCAUUGCUCUGCCAUCAAUCAGUGAUAGGAAACAAAGCUAUAAGGUCAGAAUCGAUGAGCAAGAGGCAAACAUGGAAGAGUUUUGUUCAAUAUUUCAUCAAAACAAUGUAAAAUCUGAGACAUGAGCCCAGUAUUAUCAACAAAAGAAUAAUUAGAUUAUUGUAAUAAAUGUAGAAUGUAUAGAAAAUGUUUUUUCCUUGGGAAAUGAGUAAUGUAAGACAAGAGAGUUCUCUUCUUCUGUUCUCUCAUCAAAUAUUUGAUAUUGUGGUCCUUGUUUUUAAGUAACCUGUGACCUGAAAGAAUUCUCCAAAAUGUAAUGUCCUUGUAGCUGUUGAAAUCUGUAGAUGCUGAAUGUGACUAAGAUGAGUAAUGAGUCUUGUUGUUAAUUAUAUUUGUUGAAAAGUUAUAAAUGUUAUGGUUUAUCUACCUAAUAAGAAAUUAAAAAAUGUCUUUCUUCACAGUCAGACUGGAAGAGAAUAGGUUUGGAUUGGAUAUUAGGAAGAAGCUCUUUACUGUGAGAGUGGUGAGGCCCUGGCACAGGUUGUUCAGAGAAGCUGUGGAUGCCCCAUCCUUGGCAAGGCCAGGCUGGAUGGGACUCUGAGCAACCUGGGAUAGUGAAAGGUGCCACUGCCCGUGGCAGGGGCUUGGAGCUAGAUCAUCUUUGAGGUCCCUUCCAACUAAAGCUGUUCUGUGAUUUUAUCCUAUGAUUCUUUGAUGGAUGGGAUCUCUUGCAGGGAGUUUCUCUACUGUUUCUUAUUGUUUUCUAUGCCCUCUUUCCAAGUCUUCUCUGAUGUACCUGGAUGACCUUUUUGAUGGUAUCUGUCCAAAGUCUGCAUAGUCCCUUAUGCAAGAGGAAAGGAGGAGACAAAAUAUGUCAGGGCUGUUGAAGCCACUACUUUCUGGUCCAGCUACUGCACUGUGGUGCCUCAGGGCAUCUGUGCACACUUCCAGUGUCAAACGCCCUCACUGGCAUGUCCUGCUCUGUUCAACUACCUCAUCCCCAGUUCCUAGUCCCGGUUUCUUACCUGCAAAGAGUCUUGGCACUUUCCUACAGCUCCCCCCACAAAAUGCUGCUUCACAGGGUAACACCUUCAGAGCUGAUUGCCCUGAGUCUGCCUCCAGCUUCUGUGAAGGAGGUUUACAUCCUCACCCAGCUCUCUCCAGUAGGCACCUGAUUACCUGCCUGGCAGAAAUCUGUGCCUGUCAGAUAUUAAAUGAGAAGGAUGGAAGCAACUGGAUUUGUUUGUGUUUAAGCCACGGAAGGCACAGUUUCCUUUUUUUUUUUUUUUUUAAUGGUGUUUUCCAGUUUUAGGAUGAGAUCUUGAAAACUGUCAUUAAAAUAAAGGAUGGUCACAAGAUAAUAAAGAAACAAUCUUCUUGCUUUAAUGACUUGAGCUAAAAGCUAAAUGACUGUAGCAGCUCAGAUUGUAAAAGCAGUGGGAAAUUUAAUGAACAGUGACCCCAUAGGAAAGUCAAUCUGUCUGUUAAUGUUUAGUUUUGUCAUUUCUUCUAAAAAGUAAUAAACCUCUAUUAUAUAAUCUAUUGGUUACAGAACCUGGGGUCAGGCUCCCAUUGAGCUUAACUCUGCCAAUCUGUCUCAGCUGAAAUUUCUGACCUUCCCCAUGAAAUAUAUAAACAUCCCAAGCAGGAAAUAACUGUGCAGGUACUUGGGGAAACAGCUUUGGUUGUGGAAAAAGAAAAUUAUCAUGAACUUAACCGAAAAGCUCCUAUUGGUUUGCAAAUGCCCUUAAUGAUAAGCUGAUUCAGCCAGUUAAGUUAUGUAAAAUAUAAUUAAUGAAACUGUGAUUAGUCAGUAGUGGCUGAUACCCCAGUUCUGUAAUGUCAUUCAUCUGGAUGCUGUGGAACACUCACUGCAGAUCUUGAAGCAAAGGUGGCAAUCAAAUAAGAGAUAAAAAUGUGAGCCUCUUUGCUUGUGUUUAGCCACUGAGAAUAUGUAUUUACUUACACAGAUAGUGGGAAGAGGCAUGUUGAAAGCUGGGUCAUUUAGAGAAGUGUAUUUUAACUGCAGCAAACUUUGGAUAGCACCAGCACAGAUUGCUGCUGUGAACACAGACCAGGAAGAGGCUGGAGCAGUCUGCUUCUGUCCCCUGCCAUAAGACAAAAACAGCCUUGUCCUAUAAAGUUCUUCAUUUGGGCUAAAGUUUCAGCUUGGCUUCGUUUUAGUCUCAUCUACUUCUUAAAUCAGAAUCUGAUCCUGUUUGUUUGUGCUUUGUCACCAGCACAUUUCAGUGGCUUUGCACAGCAGCUUGUGCUGUGAGAAUGGGACUGUGCGUGGGUGGGAGGUCACUUUGGAAGUGGCUGAGCUGACAAAACUCUUCAGGCUUUGCCUCUCAUCUUUUUUUUCACCAGUUAAACAGUGGCAAUUAUCCAAAAUCCAACCUCUGCAUGUGCUCAUCCAUCACAGUGUCCAAAUUUAACUGGAGAUUUGUGAAUUGUUUACAAACUGCAUGUUACACUAAAUCUGUACUUUCUUCUUUAUGAUGCUUUAAUAAAAAUUGAGUAGCCCUAUUGA